GUCUGCGCCCUGUGUGAGAAAGGUAGACUUUGAACUUGAAAGUAUCUUUGCCGUCCCAGUUUCUGACUUAACGAUGUGAUAAAUCAGGACAGACUAAAUCUAUGUCCUGGAUCAGACGGAUGAGCGGAAAUCGCUCAAAUUCUCGAUUGCAGGUGCUUAAAAACAUCUUGAAGAAUGGUCCAGAGAGGAACGAUUACUUCCUCACCAUUCGCCGGUGUUCUAAUCAGGCCAAAAAUGGUACUGAACAGGUGUCAAUAGGCGACAUUACAGUAACAGUGAGACCACCGAGAAAUGUGGAGGUGGUGCCAGUGAAGUACUUACAAGACACACCACCACAGUCUGUCCUGCAUCAUUUAAAAUGGAUCAUGCAAAAAGAUGGCCUCAAACAGGACGUGUUCCUAAUUGGAGGGCCAGGUCCAUUAAGAAGACAGGUGGCCAUGAUGUAUUUAGAGCUGACAAAGAGAGAAGUGGAGUAUGUCUCUCUGUCCAGAGACACAACAGAAACCGAUAUCAAACAGCGACGAGAAAUUGUGUCUGGCACUGCGUAUUACCAUGAUCAGCCGGCUGUUAAGGCUGCCAUCGAAGGGAGAGUGCUGGUAUUAGAAGGCAUUGAAAAGGCAGAGAGAAAUGUUUUGCCUAUAUUGAAUAAUCUUUUAGAAAAUCGAGAGAUGCAAUUAGAUGAUGGUAGAUUUUUAAUGUCAGCAGAAAGAUAUGAUAAAUUAUUGGAUGAUCAUUCAAAAGAGGAAUUAGAUGCAUUAAAGUUGGUUAGAGUAAAUGAAAAUUUUAGAGUUAUUGCCCUUGGUCAUCCUGUCCCUCGAUAUCGUGGAAACGCACUUGAUCCACCUUUGAGAUCUCGGUUUCAGUCUCGAGAUAUAAAUGCCUUGCCAUUUAAGGAGCAGCUUGAAUAUCUUCAAGAAGAGUUUUCAGGAAUCCCAGUUGCAAAAAUCUCACAAAUUUUGUCAUUUGGGACAGCAGUUAAUUCACAGGAGUCAUCCACUUUGGGUUUACCUGAUUUUCCCAUCUCUAACAUAUCAGGUGCAGUAAAAAUGUUGCAAACAAAUCCAAAUUUGGAGGUAACUGAUGUCAUAGACAAGCUGUAUCCUUAUUCUGUCAUUCUUAACAAAGAAGGUGUGUCUUCAGUCCAAAAUCUUUUGAAGACUUUCAAGUUGCAGCACAAAGAUAAAUAUAUAAUUAAAGGUCAGAUUGUAUCAGUUAAAGACAGAGAUCAAGGACUUGUCUCUGUUGAAACAGACAAAUCAAAGACAUUUGAUGUACUGAAAGGAUGUCUAGACACUAACAUGGAAAAUGAAUCAUUUAUACCCACUCCAUAUCACAACUCGGUUCUGGUUGAACUUAUGCAAACGCACGCGGCUCGCGAUUUUUGUGUCAUUGGCGCCCGAGGUUGUGGCAAAAGUAUUCUAGUUGAAAAGUUUGCUCAGCUGUUAGGAUAUGAAUUGGAACCCAUCAUGCUUUACCAAGACAUGACCUCGAGGGACCUUCUUCAGAAGCGCAUUACCGAGCCUAAUGGCGACACAACCUGGAUGAUGUCACCUCUUGUUGAGGCAGCUCUGAACGGACGUCUUGCAGUCCUCGACGGUCUUCAUCGUAUCAACCAAGGCUCAUUUGCGGUCCUUCAUCGUCUUAUUCACGACAGAGAGCUCCAGCUGUUUGAUGGUACGCGGCUAUUGAGACACGACCGGUAUGAACAGAUAAAAACCAACAGCGAAAUGACCGAUGAAGAUAUGAAAGAGCGUAAAGUUUUCCCCAUCCAUCCUGCUUUUCGAAUCAUUGCAUUGUCAGAACCGCCUGUCCCCGGAAGUGCCUCCCAACAAUGGAUGACAUCUGAAAUGUCGACGAUGUUCCUUUUUCACCAUCUGAGACCAUUGUCGUUAAAGGAAGAAGUAGACGUUGUAACAAAAGUCGUUCAGAAAUGUCCCAAUAUUGACAAACUGUUGAAGUUUGUACAUGAGCUCCGCAAGUCCACUGAUCCCGCUAUGACGUCAAUUGCUGCGUCUCUCUCCACUCGACAGUUAAUUCGAAUUGCCAAACGUUUAGCAAGUUUCCCCUCAAAAGAUCUACACGGAAUAAUCCAGAAGGCUUGCAUGUCAAGUUUCCUACCUAAACUACCACGGGAUAGUUUGGAGCAGACUAUGGAAGCAGCCGACAUAAAAGUAACGCCUAAAGCUGAUGUAGAUACAAACAACAACCCAAACCAUCUCAUCACGUGUUCAGUGAAGGAUGGAAUGCUAACAAUAGGAAAUACCCAGGUACCGGUUUUCAAUCCAGGAAAUAAGACAAAAGUACCAGACGUACUUUUUUACGAAAAUCCCCAGCAUCUAGCUGUCAUGGAAGAUAUGUUGAAAGAUUUCCUAUUAGGGGAACACCUGCUGUUAGUUGGAAAUCAGGGUGUUGGAAAGAAUAAAAUUGUCGACCGUUUUCUUCAUUUAAUGAAUAAACCCCGCGAAUACAUCCAAUUACAUAGAGAUACCACAGUUCAAACCCUGACAUUGCAGCCGACAGUUAAAGAUGGAGUCAUUGUUUACGAAGACUCGCCAUUGGUGAGGGCAGUGAAAAUGGGCCAUGUCUUAGUUGUUGAUGAAGCAGAUAAAGCACCCACACACGUGACUUGUAUCCUGAAGACUCUGAUUGAGUCCGGCGAGAUGCAUUUAGCAGAUGGAAGACGUAUUGUGUCCCAUAAAUCUGGGCACGUCUCUCUAGAUAACACAAUCGUCGGUCACCCAGACUUCAGGAUGAUUGUAUUGGCAAACAGACCUGGUUUUCCCUUCCUCGGAAAUGACUUUUUUGGAGCAAUGGGGGACAUCUUCAGUUGCCACGCAAUUUUGAAUCCCGACAUGGAAUCGGAAAUGUCAAUGUUACAGCAAUAUGGUCCAAAUGUGCCUAGGAACGUCCUGGAGAAAUUAGUAAAUGCCUUUGGAGAACUCCGCAGCAUGGCAGAUCAAGGUUUGAUCUCCUAUCCCUAUUCAACCAGAGAGGUCGUUAAUAUUGUCAAACAUAUGGAGAAAUAUCCCAAUGAUGGUCUUCGAAAAGUAGUGAAAAAUGUAUUUGACUUCGACGCGUACAGUAAGGAGCUGCAAGAGACCAUUAUUAAAACAAUGCAUAAGCACGGAAUACCUUAUGGUGUAUCCCAAGCGGAAGUCAAUCUUGCGAAGGAAUUUCCUCUUCCUCCACUCAGUAAAACUGGCAGUUGGUCUAUUCAGAGACCUGAGCAAAAAAGGAAAACAGCUAUGAUGAGUUUACCUGUUGAAACUAGCGAAAUAGUCAUCAAAGGACCAUUGGAAGUAUUUCCUCAGUCUGUAGCCAUGGAGAAAAACACCGCCCGAGCCUCACUUUUUACUGAGCAGGAAUCUUAUUGGAACAUUCCCAUGCACGAAACCAAUAUUAUCAGUGAUGUGGCCGUCACAAAGGCAUCGAACCAGGCUGCUGGCAAGUUUGACAUUAUUCACAUUGUAACGGCUAAUCCUAUUGGUUUGUUUUCGGUCAAUCCAAAACUAUCAACUUGUAGCGUCCUUGACCUUUAUGAUAUGUUUCCAUCAACAUCUGGCUCAUAUCGCCCGCGUGUUCGAAUCGCUCCUUUAGCCGAACCUCUUGAUUCAAAUGUGUUCCUUCAUGAGGAAGUAACCAACUCGGUCUUGGUUGUCAACUUUAAAACAGGUGACGUAUGCCGGCUUUCAUCUCGAGCACUGCCGGAAAUACCCACAGAAAAGAGACGAUUUCCAGCCUCUGCUUCACAAACUGUGAACCCUUACAGAAUGUGCCCAAGCACUCUUCCCGACGCCAAGGGGACAAUUCUCUUCUACAAGGAAGGCGGUGACAACAUUGUGGCAGUCACAGGAAAAUAUGCUCAUUCUGUUGAUGUUCCCCUUGUAAUCAAGCAGGCACACCAAGCAGGCGCGGACCAGUGGCUCCUCAGUAACGACAAUGAUGAAAAGUUUUUAGUGCAAAUGGCGGAUGACAAUUCUUUUCUACUGUAUCCUAUAAGUGAGAGUGGCGACAGAUCAUUGGUACGUGGUCUAUCGUCGGUCCCACUGAGUGACGAACAGCUCAAACUUUCUCUGAGGAAUGAAAACGCGGGACCAAACAGAACGUCAGUCCUGCGUGAUUCUUACGUGUCUGUCUUAAAAGGAUUCCCUGACUCCUCAGAUGUUGAAGUAUACAGUUCUCCAAGAGAGCCAUUACCAGAAAAUAAGUCACAGGCUCAAGAAAUUGUCAACGCACCUACCUUCGGAUUGUUUGGAUCGUCCACACCCAAACCAGAUGUUAAUCCAACAAAACGAUCUCAAAUAGUCUGUCUGCCGGAUUCUGGUCAGAUAGUAGAGGGACUGCCUAAAUGGAAGGUUCCUGAAUCUGCUUUGACAAGCGCAGAGAGAGCUCGAGAUGUCAGUGGAUACCUAGAGGUCAUUGACCCGGUAAACCAUAUGCUACGUUAUAUCCCGGUCCCUCCUGCUACUAGACAAUCGCCAUAUUUGUCCUGGAUGUCCUCCAUAGCGGACUCGCACCUCUUCGUGGCUCCAAUGAGUGAGGAUGGAUUGGUGACUGUCGACGUUGGGGGUUGUAUUCGUACGUGGGAGACAGCGUUGGUCAAUUUACAGCGGUCACUGGGAGAAUGGAAAAACAUGAUGGGACUGGAUGAUGGUAGACCACUUCAGAUUACGAAAGAAAGAGAAAGUGGUCGAAAAGCAGAAGGUCCGAAGCACGGGAAAAUUGACCCUAAGAAUGCUCCGCAUCAUGGUGGAAACACCUGGGCAGGUGGUACAGGUGGUAGCAACACUGCAGGACUCGGUGGGAUUGGAGGACCGUAUCGACUUGAUGCUGGACACAAGGUUUACCAAGUUCCUCAACACGAGAAGGAUGCAGUGCCGGAGCACGUCAGAGAGGCCGCGAGGGAUAUGGCGCGAAAAGCAUUCAAAGAGAGGCUCAGGGAAAUCAACAUGAGCGAAUAUGACGCGGAUGUGUACGAAGAUUUUUCAAAAGCUGUCAGAAACCAGGUUUCAUCCUUGCGAGUAAUCUUGGACAGCCUUCAAGCAAAGGGUAAAGAGAGACAGUGGUUGAAAAAUCAAGCAUACGGGGACUUGGAUGAUUCAAAACUGAUUGAAGGAAUAACGGGUGAGAAAUCUAUUUAUAAAAGACGAGGAGAGAAAGACCCCGAACUUGGCACACCUCAGGAAAAACCGAAAAGAAUCCGCUUGUUGGUUGAUGUGUCCGGAAGUAUGUAUCGAUUUAACGGGUAUGACGGGAGGAUGAACCGCGAAAUGGAGGCUACACUUAUGAUGAUGGAGGCAUUAGAAAAGUACGAGGAAAAAUUCAAGUACGAUAUAUACGGGCAUUCAGGGGAGGAUCACAAGGUGGUGUUGGUUGACAAAGAUAAAGUCCCCACGAAUAAUAAAGAGCGCCUUAUCGUUAUCAAGACCAUGCACGCGCAUUCCCAGUUCUGCCUUAGCGGUGACACGACUUUAAUGGCGACCCAGCAUGCUUCAGACGAACUCGCCAAAGAAGAAGCAGACGAACAUUUCCUGAUUAUUCUUAGUGACGCUAACUUUGAUCGAUAUGGAAUUUCUCCAAGAAAAUUCGGGGAAAUUCUUAAGAAAAACGAGAAAGUGAACGCGUAUGUGGUUUUCAUCGGUUCCUUGGAGGACCAAGCCAGCCAGCUGAUCAAGCAACUUCCUACGGGCCACGCCUUCAUUUGUUUGGACACUAAAAAUUUACCGCAGAUCUUGCAACAAAUAUUUACAUCUACCAUGCUAUCUGGUAGAUGAUGAAGGUUAAUUUUAUAUGCAUGGAAGUACAAUUUUCCUAAUUUUACCGUUAAUAUAACUGUAUACCUGGACUAUUGUGUACUAGUAUACAUAUCAUAUUAUAGUAUUACUAAGUUAUGCUUAUUCACACGUUUGUAUUUUAUAAAAUGAACUGUUCACAAUCAAUAAACAAUAAACAUUUA